AAGGUUGGAAGGGUGGAUGUGGAAGCCAUUCCAGGCCAGCAAAUUUCCAUUGAUGACAACAGAAUGGUUUGGCACAGAAGCUUUCACCAGGGUAUUUCAUGAGUCUCUUGUCAAGAAUGAGGUGUUGGUUGCUCUGAUGGGAAGGAAGCAGGGACUAUGGAGUUUGUGGGCAGCUGUUUUUCUCACCAACAGUGCAAUGAGGAAAUUGAUUUCUUAGAUUGAGGAAGACUCAAACCUAAAUUUCUUUAGAUGCCACCCCUUUCUGUGUGCAACCCAAGUUGUCCCCCUGGUUCCAGGAAGGAAAAGAAGGAGGGGGAGCCAUUCUGCUGCUAUAAUUGUGCUCCAUGUCCUCAAGGCAAGAUUUCGACCCAGAAGGACAUGGUUGACUGUGUUGCGUGCCCAGAAGAUCAUUAUACCAACAUGAAACAAUCACAAUGCAUUCCAAAGACCAUCAGCUUCCUGUCUUUUAAAGAGCCUCUGGGGAUGAGCUUAGCAUUGUUGGCUCUUUCUCUCUCUCUCCUCACACUGGUGGUCCUAGUCAUCUUCAUUAAACAUCAGGACACACCCAUUGUGAGAGCAAACAAUCGGGACCUCACCUACACUCUCCUCACUUUCCUCCUGCUCUGCUUCCUCUGCCCAUUGAUCUUCCUCAGCCAUCCAGAAAGAGUGAGCUGCCUUCUCCGACAAAUGGCUUUUGGCCUUGUUUUCACAGUGACUGUUUCUUGUGUGCUGGCCAAGACUAUCAUGGUGGUUCUGGCCUUUGUGGCCACCAAACCAGGAUCCAGAAUGAGGAAGUGGGUGGGGAAAAGACUGGCAAGCGCCAUUGUGUUUUCUUGUUUUCUUAUUCAAGCUGCCAUUUGCACUGUGUGGUUAGGAAUCUUUCCCCCAUUUCCUGAUUCUGACAUGCACUCAAUGAUGAGAGAAAUCAUUCUAGGCUGCAACGAAGGGUCAGUUGCCCUGUUUUACUGUGUCCUGGGCUACAUGGGCUUUUUGGCCAUUAUCAGCUUUGUUGUAGCAUUUUUUGCCAGGAAACUGCCUGAGAGCUUCAAUGAGGCCAAAUUCAUCACCUUCAGCAUGUUCUUGUUUUGUAGUGUUUGGAUCUCCUUUGUUCCGGUCUACCUGAGCACCAAGGGGAAAUACAUGGUGGCUGUGGAGAUCUUCUCCAUCUUGGCCUCCAGUGCUGGUUUACUGGGCUCCAUCUUUGCUCCCAAAUGCUACAUCAUUGUGUUGAGGCCUGAUCUGAACAGCAAGGAGAAGUUAAUAAAGAGGAAAUAGUAAAUUAUCCUUUCAUCCUUUGGUUUUUUCCCACCAAACUAUGAGCAAUGUAAUCUCUCCGUAUCCACACCAUUAAAUUCUGUUAUAUUUUACAUGU